AAAGCAUAACAGUAACAACCCCUCCGGUUGUAAGUGUCUGAACGCUAAGACGACGUCGUUGCAUGUGGACUGCGAAUUGAAAUCGUAGACAAAUCAAUCAGAAGAAAGACAGAAGCAAAAAAAGAAUGGUGCACAGUGCCUACGAUUCCUUCGAACUCCUCAAUAAUUGUCCCACAAAAAUCGAUGCCAUCGAAUCAUACGGCUCAAAUUUACUCAUCGCCUGUUCCGAUGGAUCGCUCCGCGUUUACGGUCCGGAAUCCGCUGUUUCCGAUCAAUCUCCGCCGUCCGAUUUCCACUCCCAAACCUUAGGGCUUCAUCAAGAGCGAUACGUGCUUGAAAGAAGUGUGAAUGGAUUCUCCAGAAGACAAAUGCUGGCUAUGGAAGUUCUCGUAUCGCGAGAACUUCUGCUUUCUCUCUCGGAGUCCAUAGCGUUCCAUCGGUUGCCCAAUUUGGAGACUUUGGCUGUGAUAACUAAGGCUAAAGGUGCAAAUGUAUACUCAUGGGAUGAUAAAAGAGGGUUUCUUUGCUUCGGCAGGCAAAAGAGAGUUUGUAUUUUCAGACAUGACGGGGGAAGGGGAUUUGUGGAGGUGAAAGAAUUCGGGGUCCCUGACACAGUCAAGUCGAUGUCAUGGUGUGGUGAGAAUAUUUGCUUGGGGAUUAGAAGAGAGUACAUGAUAUUGAAUACCACCAAUGGUGCAUUGUCUGAGGUGUUUCCUUCAGGGAGGAUCGCCCCACCUCUUGUGGUGUCUCUUCCCUCCGGAGAACUUCUUUUGGGAAAGGAUAAUAUUGGUGUCUUAGUUGACCAAAAUGGCAAGUUGAUUCAAGAGGGGAGGGUUUGUUGGUCCGAGGCUCCUGCAGCUGUUGUUAUUCAGAAUCCCUAUGCAAUAGGUCUCUUACCACGGCAUGUUGAGAUACGUUCUCUUCGUGUUCCUUAUCCUUUAAUUCAAACAGUUGUCCUUCGGAAUGUUCGCCGUGUUGUUCGAAGCAACAAUGCUGUUAUUGUUGCUCUUGAUUAUUCUGUUUUUGGCUUUUUUCCUGUUCCUCUGGGUGCACAGAUUGUACAACUAACAGCAUCUGGAAACUUUGAGGAAGCCUUGGCUUUGUGCAAAUUGCUACCGCCAGAAGAUUCAAGUCUUAGAACUGCAAAGGAGCAAUCGAUUCAUAUAAGGUCAUUCCCCCGACCCUGCCUGAAUGUCUANGCCACAGCUGAGGGAACUGAGGAGGUGGUUUCAGAUGCUGUAGGAGAUAAUUUCAUUUCCUAUGGAACUAGCCGGUCCAAAAAACCAACCAAGGGAAGAACCCAUGCUCCAAUCACUUCCGUCGCUAGGGAUAUGGCUGCUAUUCUGGACACUGCACUUCUUCAAGCUCUACUUUUAACUGGACAGUCCUCAGCUGCUACAGAUUUUCUGAAAGCCCUCAACUAUUGUGAUGUGAAAAUAUGCCAGGAGUUCCUGCAGAAAAGAAUGCAGUAUGCUUGUCUGCUAGAACUUUAUAGAAGCAACUCAAUGCAUCGUGAAGCACUGAAACUUCUCCAUCAAUUGGUAGAAGAGUCGAAGUCAGAGCAAAUUCCUUUAGAGCUUUCAACGAAAUUCAAGCCUGAUAUGAUCAUUGAAUAUCUCAAACCCCUUUGUGCAACAGACCCCAUGCUUGUCCUGGAGUUCUCACUGCCUGUUCUUGAAAGCUGUCCUAUGCAAACCAUUGAGCUAUUCUUGUCUGGUAACAUUCCAGCAGACUUGGUGAACUCUUACUUAAAACAGCAUGCUCCAAACAUGCAGGCGACAUAUCUGGAACUCAUGCUUGCCAUGAAUGAAAAUAGCAUCUCCAGGAAUCUGCAGAAUGAAAUGGUGCAAAUUUAUCUCUCGGAAGUGCUUGAUUUGUAUGCUGAACUUAACACCCAGCAAAAGUGGGAUGAGAAAACAUAUUCUCCGACAAGGAAAAAGCUAUUGUCUGCUUUGGAGAGUAUCUCUGGAUAUAACCCAGAGGUGCUGCUGAAGAGACUUCCACCAGAUGCUUUGUAUGAAGAACGAGCAGUUCUGUUGGGGAAAAUGAAUCAACAUGAACUUGCGUUGUCUAUUUAUGUGCACAAGCUUCACGUUCCUGAACUUGCACUGUCCUAUUGUGAUCGGGUGUAUGAUUCAGGACUUCAACAACAUUCAGCAAAAUCAUAUGGAAACAUUUACCUGACUCUACUGCAAAUCUAUCUAAAUCCUACGAAGACAACGAAAAAUUUUGAGAAGAAAAUUACUAAUCUGGUAUCAUCUCAGAGCCCUGGGAUUCCAAAAGUUGGUUCAGGAACUACAGCAAAGAUAAAAGGAGGCCGCUCCAAGAAAAUUGCUGAAAUUGAGGGCGCUGAGGACAUUCGAUUCAGUCCAAGUGGCACUGACAGUGGUAGGAGUGAUGGAGAUAUGGAAGAUGCUGCUGAAGAAGGAGAUUCUACUAUUAUGCUAGAUCAAGUUCUUGAUCUUUUGAGCAGAAGGUGGGAUCGGAUCCAUGGGGCCCAAGCUCUGAAACUACUGCCAAGGGAUACGAAGCUACAGAAUUUGCUUCCAUUUCUUGGACCUCUUCUGAGGAAAUCCAGUGAAGCGUAUCGGAACUUUUCUGUGAUAAAAAGCUUGAGAGAAAGUGAAAACCUACAGGUCAAAGAUGAACUGUAUAACCAAAGAAAGGCAGUCUUGAAGAUCACAAGUGAUAGCUUGUGUUCUCUCUGCAACAAGAAGAUCGGCACCAGUGUCUUUGCAGUCUAUCCUAAUGGCAAGACAAUUGUGCACUUUGUUUGCUUUAGAGAUUCACAGAAUAUGAAGGCAGUUGGAAGAGGCUCUCAGAUGAGGAAAAGAUGAUAAUGAGAAGUUAGAUUUGGAUUAACUGAGUUUUCUGGGUUGCUUUUAUGUGGCAUUGAUCGCAGUUCUCCUUGUUAGUACCGUUUAACAUAUUCUGCGGCUUUAAGUUUUAAGUUGCCAUUUAUUCCUAAAAGUAAACUUCUGUCUCCGUGUUUCUGGAAGUGUUCUGGUGUGUUUGCGUGAUUAUUGACUCAUUGACUGUAUACCAAGAGAUAUGAAACGUGCUGGUGGUACACACGUGCAAGCAAGAAUGUUUCUCACAAGGGAAUGUGUAAUACACAUGUUGUAUAUUAUGUCAAACGUUGAAGUAAAAUCUGUGGUUGUGUAAUGUGAGUCUGUAUUGAAAAAGAUUGAAGCUAGUAUUGGAGGUGUUUAUAACUUAUUUAUGAAGAGUGUCUUUGAAUGCUGUGUUUGUACCAACUCAAUGUUCAAUUAAUAUGCAAUGAUACACAA